UGAUUAGUAUAACCGGAACAAUACAAACGCGUGGUUUUAAUUGAGCGCACGUUUUUCGAAUUAGAUUGCUCAAAUAACAAGGUACCGACGCGAUUUAAUAAAUUUCACAAAACUUCUCUGAAUGAAAGUUAUCUAGAUAGAUAACAUUCCACCCUUGCAAAUGUAAUACUUACAUUAUAACAUUGCUUGCAGAUAAAUUCAACAAGUGGAUUUGUGGUGACUUAUCAACAAUUAUGAUCCUGACACGUGCAGAACACACGUCAUCGUGUAACGUGUUAUUUUCCAAGAUUUGUAAAUAACCGUCAACAAAUAGAAACAAGGGGGCAAUAGUAAUAAAUUAAGAAAGAAAAAAAACAUAACAUGUUUACAUGACAAAAUAAACAAUAUUACAGCGGAAACUACAAUUUAGCACUCCAUUUUUAAACCAACGAAAUUUAAGACUUCAGUAAUAUGUUUUCAAUGGAUAACUUCGAUUUGGAAUCGACCAUGGCUCGACAUUUCUUCGAAGGAUCGCAUGCAACUAAUGGCUCGACUUCUAGCUCGGAUUUCUUCUUCGGCGAUGACAACAGUUCCGAUGAUAGCGACGUAUACAGUGGAUUUAAUAGUGACCAAGAGAACAAUGAAGAAAAGAGUCGUCACAUGAAAACACGUCGCUUGAAAUGUGCAUCUCAACAAGCUCAGCAAAGGCAAGCUGCUAACCUUCGAGAGCGACGCCGAAUGCAAAGCAUUAACGAAGCAUUUGAAGGUUUGAGGUCACAUAUUCCAACACUUCCUUAUGAAAAAAGAUUAAGUAAAGUGGACACACUGAAGUUGGCCAUUAGCUAUAUAACUUUCUUGGGGGAAAUGGUACGAAAAGAUAAAAAUGGAAAUGAGACAGGAUUGAGUGGCCUCCAAAGGAACUACCAGAAGGAAAUACCGAAGAAAAUUAUUCUAAGAGAUCGAAGUGGCGGAGUCUCACAUUCAUUGUCGUGGUACAGAAAGGGUGACCGAUACCCAGGAAGCAAAUUGUAUGCUCGUGUUUGGACUCCGGAAGAUCCUCGUGUAAAUAAUCUGAAUGGUAGGGCCAGUAGUAUUGGUGGUCAGUAUGCGGGCAGCAUCAGCAGCAGAACGAGUGAUGAAUCUGAAUCACCAACGUCCGCAAGUUUCAGUCCUAAUAGUAGUGGAUCACUGUUUUCACAAUCAAAUGGUGGAUUAUAAAACAUAAAUACGUAAAUUAAACUUUUUAUCCGAAUUCAAAAAUUUGGGUUCGGUAAUGCAUAGAUUCCUAUUUUUAAUUUUUGGAAUUAAAAUUUCUAGUCCUGUUAAUCUGUGUUAUACAUGCAAUUCAUCAAGAAUUUAUUAUUUAUAUUUAGAUAUUUAUUAUUAACAUAUAUUUAUAACUUAUUCCCUGUAAAUUAUUUAGACUUAUAAAAUGUGUAGGUAUGUAAAUUAAUUAAUGUAAAUAAAUGAAUUAUUUAAAAAGAAA